AUGUCGUUUUGCAGGCAGGGAAUUCACAGUGAUGCAGAAUGGCUUGAAGCAAACCUGGGUUCCUUUUCCCAAUACACAUCAUACUCUGAACUCAAAGUCUUCAACCUCUCUGGAGUGGCAGUUGUGGACUCCCUCUCACCAAACCAGACGGCUGAGCUGCUCCUGGAUCAAGACAGCAGCAUUUUGGAGAAUAAGACCCUCGUAACGAAAGUGUUGAAGAAAUUGACAAAGGACCCUGAAGAUAAGCAGUUGGCGAUGUUUUUCCAGGCCUUUGCUUUGAUGUCCAAGCAGAAAAACAUCACCCUCAUCAGAAAUGCAGGUGUACGAGACACCAUCUUGAACCUGACCUUGACAGCCCUUGCUCCUAAAUUUAAAGAAUUUGACCCUGAAGACUUUGAGCAGUGGUUCCAGGUCAACUUGUUUCCUGUGUUGGCGAGCCUCCACCCUGGCAGCUUGGUGGUGAUACCCAUGCAAGGAGACCCGGUUAAUGGCCCCCAACAACAGCAACCGUCAUUGUCACAUGCGCUUGAGGCUCUUGGGGAGAUAAGAAUUGCCAACUUCAGCCAGGCACAACUGCAGAAUGAGGACUUUGUAAACAGCUGGUUCCAGACAAAGAUUCAUCCGUUUCUGGCCUCUCCAUCCCCCAACUUCCUAUUCUGCCUAAGCUCCAAGAACUUGAGCUGCAAGACAUACCAGACUGUCAUCCAGGCAUUCAACAGCCAAAAGGCAUUCAUGGAAAGAGAAAGAAAGUCAGCAGUCUUCACUCAUUUCAUCAAGCCCUUCCUUUCAAGAAAUGACUCAUCAGAUCCUGGCUGUGUCUCAUUGAUCAACGGUAGUGGAGAGUGGGUACAGGUAAACUUUGGCAGCUUCUCUCGUUUCGCAACCCUGCAGGAUCUGCAAGCCCUCAAUGCCAACUUCUCCAGUGCCGGAUCGUUGUCUGUGCUCACUCCUACUCAGGUGGCACAGUUCACACUGAGCUCAGGCGCUUUGAAUGACACAGACCAAAUAGACCAUGUGUUUGAGGUUCUCGAGGAUGGUGAUGCUCUGGAAAAUGUGAAUGAAUUCCUGACACAGUUGACAGCAAGUGGAAAGGUCCCUGAUUUCCAACCUGCUGUGAGAGAUCGUGCGAUGAAUAGGACCUUCAACAUCAUCAGUCCGCAUUUCCUACGAUUCAACAGAGAAGACUGGUUUUCUUGGUUCCAUCUGAUACUGAAGUCGAUCCUCCCAAGUUUCAGCCCAAUGAUGCUCAAGAAUGCAACUGCAAAUAUAAACUGCACAAACUACCAUGUCGUUGUGAGUGGGAUGGCCAAAGCUUCCCCUGCGUUGGCGUUGCAAAGAAAAAAAGAAAUCACAGAAGUUCUGAUUGGCUACCUGAAUAGAUCUGCCAGUGUCAUCAACAAGCCAGUUUGCAGGCAGGGAAUUCACAGUGAUGCAGAAUGGCUUGAAGCAAACCUGGGUUCCUUUUCCCAAUACACAUCAUACUCUGAACUCAAAGUCUUCAACCUCUCUGGAGUGGCAGUUGUGGACUCCCUCUCACCAAACCAGACGGCUGAGCUGCUCCUGGAUCAAGACAGCAGCAUUUUGGAGAAUAAGACCCUCGUAACGAAAGUGUUGAAGAAAUUGACAAAGGACCCUGAAGAUAAGCAGUUGGCGAUGUUUUUCCAGGCCUUUGCUUUGAUGUCCAAGCAGAAAAACAUCACCCUCAUCAGAAAUGCAGGUGUACGAGACACCAUCUUGAACCUGACCUUGACAGCCCUUGCUCCUAAAUUUAAAGAAUUUGACCCUGAAGACUUUGAGCAGUGGUUCCAGGUCAACUUGUUUCCUGUGUUGGCGAGCCUCCACCCUGGCAGCUUGGUGGUGAUACCCAGUAACAUCAGCUGUGCAUCCUACGCAGCUAUACUCACUGGUCUUCGGCAAAAUGUGGAAUCCCUGGAACUGCAGGAUUCACACAGUUUGAGAUCAAGCAUAAAGUAUCUCAAGGAGACAUUUCCACGUUGCUCAGUUCCAGAUUCCUUCAUGUGCAAGGAGACCCCGGUUAAUGAGGACCUCAUCUGUGCUGCAGUUAAUAGAUCACAAGUCAAACUGUCUGUUGGCAAUUCCUCUGAAGCCCUGUGCAAUUUAAGCAUCACUGAACAUGCCUGUACCUUGGCUACAAAUCUCACAGCCAGCAACUUGGUCACACUGAUGAACUGCUCACUGGAAAGCCAAAGGUCUUACCCCGUUGAGGUCUGGAAGCUUUUCUUCAAGGAAACUUCUCCGGCACUAGACCAGGCUCUUGUGACAUACGCCAGCAUGGCCCCCAACAACAGCAACCCGUCAUUGUCACAUGCGCUUGAGGCUCUUGGGGAGAUAAGAAUUGCCAACUUCAGCCAGGCACAACUGCAGAAUGAGGACUUUGUAAACAGCUGGUUCCAGACAAAGAUUCAUCCGUUUCUGGCCUCUCCAUCCCCCAACUUCCUAUUCUGCCUAAGCUCCAAGAACUUGAGCUGCAAGACAUACCAGACUGUCAUCCAGGCAUUCAACAGCCAAAAGGCAUUCAUGGAAAGAGAAAGAAAGUCAGCAGUCUUCACUCAUUUCAUCAAGCCCUUCCUUUCAAGAAAUGACUCAUCAGAUCCUGGCUGUGUCUCAUUGAUCAACGGUAGUGGAGAGUGGGUACAGGUAAACUUUGGCAGCUUCUCUCGUUUCGCAACCCUGCAGGAUCUGCAAGCCCUCAAUGCCAACUUCUCCAGUGCCGGAUCGUUGUCUGUGCUCACUCCUACUCAGGUGGCACAGUUCACACUGAGCUCAGGCGCUUUGAAUGACACAGACCAAAUAGACCAUGUGUUUGAGGUUCUCGAGGAUGGUGAUGCUCUGGAAAAUGUGAAUGAAUUCCUGACACAGUUGACAGCAAGUGGAAAGGUCCCUGAUUUCCAACCUGCUGUGAGAGAUCGUGCGAUGAAUAGGACCUUCAACAUCAUCAGUCCGCAUUUCCUACGAUUCAACAGAGAAGACUGGUUUUCUUGGUUCCAUCUGAUACUGAAGUCGAUCCUCCCAAGUUUCAGCCCAAUGAUGCUCAAGAAUGCAACUGCAAAUAUAAACUGCACAAACUACCAUGUCGUUGUGAGUGGGAUGGCCAAAGCUUCCCCUGCGUUGGCGUUGCAAAGAAAAAAGAAAUCACAGAAGUUCUGAUUGGCUACCUGAAUAGAUCUGCCAGUGUCAUCAACAAGCCAGUUUGCAGGCAGGGAAUUCACAGUGAUGCAGAAUGGCUUGAAGCAAACCUGGGUUCCUUUUCCCAAUACACAUCAUACUCUGAACUCAAAGUCUUCAACCUCUCUGGAGUGGCAGUUGUGGACUCCCUCUCACCAAACCAGACGGCUGAGCUGCUCCUGGAUCAAGACAGCAGCAUUUUGGAGAAUAAGACCCUCGUAACGAAAGUGUUGAAGAAAUUGACAAAGGACCCUGAAGAUAAGCAGUUGGCGAU